AUGCUGCAUAUUCAGCACUAUCCGAUUGAUGUAUACAUUGAAGCAAAAUGUUUGAUUAACAGGACUAGAGCCAAUAGACAAAGAUACUCUGUUGACCCAGAAACCUCCAAGCACGCCAAGGCUAAGGUUGAAGGUGUUAGAGUUCACUUCAAGAAUACUUGUGAAACUAUCAAUGCCAUCAAGGGUUUGUCUUUGAGAAGAGCCAAGAAGUACUUGCACAACGUCUUGAGACACACUGAAGCUAUCCCAUUCAAGAUUUACAACGGUGGUCCAGGUAGACACGCUCACUCCAAGGAAUUCGGUGUUGCUAACAGCAGAUACCCAACCAAGUCAAUCUUCGCUGUUUUGAAGCUUUUGAAGAAUGCUGAAAACAACGCCAGAGUUAAGGGUUUGAAUGUCAGAGAUUUGGUCAUUUCCCACUCCCAAGCCAACAGAGCUCCAAAGAUGAGAAGAAGAACUUUCAGAGCUCACGGUAGAAUUAACCCAUUCAUGGCUAACCCAACCCACAUGGAAAUCAUUUUGACUGAAAAGAAGACUGCUGUCGCUAAGGCUCAAGCUGCUGUUGCUCAAGAAUAA